GUGCUGAGAUGCUAACUUCGUGCUGUAGCUAUUUUGAUCACAUUGUCUUGGCGCGACUACGAGCUUCUUAUUCGUUGUUUUUAAUUCAUUUGUUGAUAGUUCGUGUAUAAUCACUUGUUCCUCUGAUGCGUUUAGUACACGUGAAAAAAUGAUUGGCCGACAAAAAAACCCAACGACCGUAACGCGAUACGAACAAAAAGAUGUCGUGCCCAUUUCAGCGAAUUAAAAGCGAUAAAACCGCAGCAAAAGGCCAACUAAAACGAGCCUUAACUACCCGACAAGGUUCAGUGCAAAUUCCGUUAGAGGAUGAAGAGGAGGACAAAAACACUUUGAAUUUAAAACAUCUGAAUUCAGCUAUAUUGAUUUUAACUAAUCCGCCGAAUGCAGCCAUUCAUGAAGCCAUUACAACGUUACUGCAAAAAGAAAACGACGAACCUGAAACAACGACAUACCAAUGUCUCAACAUAUUACCAGAACAGUUGUCGGAUUGCAAUCACUACGCAUACCUUGAAGAUGUCUACGAAAUCAUUCGGUGGAAUACCGAAAUCGACGAAGAUCAAUUCUUUGAUCGACUUGGUCAAGAACUGAUCAAUACGUGUUGUACAGAUCGAAUGGAGAGAGCUUUUAAAUGUUUAGGAGGAAACUUAAAGGAGUUUUUAACGACAUUGGAUGGUGUUCAUGACGUGUUAAAAUAUCAGGAAAAUAUAAAUGAUGAUCAUCCGGAAACGGAAGCUGCUUUUAUAUGCAAUGCUCUGGACGAUUUUACUUUACAUCUGGAUUUUACUACGGAAAGACCGGCAGUGGCUCAUUUAUUACUUGGAAGCCUUAAAGCCCUUGCCAAAAAACUCUACAACACGCAAACCGACAUUAGUAUGGAACGGCUUAAGCAUGAUACCAGACAUUUUAGAUACCACAUACGUAGGCUAGCAUCGAAUAUUGAAAAUGGAACAUUGUACAGGGAUUAUUCUAAGCAAUCGAAACCAGAAACAAUCAACAACCUUCCUAUUGGUAUACAAACUUUUUGUAAAGCUUUCCCUUGGCAUUUUGUUAUAGAUAAAAAAAUGGAACUAGUUCAACUGGGCAUCGGCUUUAUGCGCCUUUUUGGCCAACAACUAAAAUCAAUCGAAGGUACGACGGUAUCAACCUACUUUGAAUUUCGACGACCACGUAGUAUCACCCUUACGUUUAACGAAAUCGUCAAGAGAGCUAAUACACCAUUUGUUUUGGCGCUUAAGAAUAGACAAUCUUUGGACAACACCAAUAAUCUGGAGCUGAAAGGACAAAUGGUUCAUUGUCCCGAAUCCGACUCGAUCCUAUUUAUUGGAUCGCCUUUCAUUGAUGGUUUAGACGGGCUUACUGGCAGCGCCCUAUUCAUAUCUGAUAUCCCUUUGCAUGACGCUACAAGAGACGUCAUUUUGGUCGGAGAACAGGCUAGGGCACAGUCCAAGUAA